AUGAAGAUUUCCACUAUUAUCCUCUCAAGCUUCUUGACAUCGUAUGCCACUGCUAUACCUAUAGGAGAUAUCUCCCAGGUUUCGAAGCGUGGUAAUGAGGCCGUGACUAAUGUCGAUAUUACCACUGGUUCGGAGGUCUUUUACGGCAUCAAGAAACGCGGUGAUGAGGCCGUGACUAAUGUCGAUGCUACCACUGGUUCAGAGGCCUUUUACGGCAUCAAGAAACGCAGUGAUGAGGCCGUGACUAAUGUCGAUAUUACCACUGGUUCAGAGGCCUUUUACGGCAUCAAGAGACGUGGUGAUGAGGCCGUGACUAAUGUCGAUGCUACCACUGGUUCAGAGGCCUUUUACGGCAUCAAGAAACGCGGUGGUGAGGCCGUGACUAAUGUCGAUAUUACUACUGGUUCAGAGGUCUUUUACGGAAUCAAGAAUUGA